CAGAAAUCGAUCGAGAUAGUAAAAUAGGUUGAGAAAGAUAUCUAUUCUAUCUCUUCUCCAUCUGAGAUUUAUAUCUUUGUAGAUAGGAUUGACUUAUCCUUUCAUCAUAUUAUGAUUCGACUUGACUCCAACGCCUAAUCAUAACCAACCCAUAGUAUUUCCAGUACGUAUCUAUCUAUCUUAGAUAUCCAUCAUCCAUCAGCCAUCAACCAUCAACGAGUACAAAGUUCCACAUCCACCAUGACCACUCAACUCCCACCCAUAACCACCAUCCCUAGCCUCACCACCGACGAAAGAGCCGCCAUCCUCGACACACUGUUCGAAAAAUGUGCCCCACUCCACACUUUAUCCGUCAGCCUCCUACGCGAAAAGACAUUCACAUCCUACGACGAAUUAAUCGCCGCCGUCGGACAACAACUAAUGAGCUUGUAUGACUCAAAUCUCGAAAGUGACGAUAAAUGGCUUGUUUCAAUUCUCGCAGCUCAUCCUCGUCUGGGCGAGAAAAAAGUCGAAAGUGCUCAGAGUCGAGCUGAGCAAGCGAAGAUGAAUGCUGCUGAUGGUGCGGCCGGUGCCGCAAGUGAAGAUAUUGCUGAGAGGUUGGCCAAUUUGAAUCAAGUUUAUGAAGACAAGUUUCCGGGGUUGAGAUAUGUUGUUUUCGUCAAUGGUCGAAGUCGUCCCGUCAUCAUGGAAGAUAUGCAGCGUCGUAUCGACACAAGUAAUCUUCAGCAGGAGAAGAAGGAUGCUAUCAUGGUCAGUCAAGUCGGAGCAUUUGUAUCCUUUGCUUUUCCAUUUCAUUCCAUUUCCACCACCGAUGUCCAUUUCGACUGACAUGAUCCCCGUCUUGGUUCAUCUACAGGCAAUGACAGACAUUGCAUCCGACCGAGCAAAGAAGCUGGGCGGGUGAUUCUGUUGAUUUGAAUAAGCAUCAACACGCCAAAAUUAAAAAGGUCCGCCGUCCCUUUCGUGCGAUGGAUCUCAUCGUAUGUAGACAGACGAAUAUAAAUGUCCUCGGCCACACCAGCCUCAUGAGCGCAGCACAGCUAUUUAAUCUGCAAAGAACUCACUUGAUCUCACAUCCUCAACAGCGUGAGCC